CGCCCCCUCAGCAGUGUGUCAGUCCUCUCCCCUCCUCCUGUCUGCUCUCCCGGCUGAGCCCGGUCUUCUCCGCCGUCCGCCUCCUCCGGUCCCGUGUGUGCCAUGCAGGCCAUCAAAUGUGUGGUGGUGGGAGAUGGAGCUGUCGGAAAGACCUGCCUCCUCAUCAGUUACACCACCAACGCCUUCCCCGGCGAGUACAUCCCCACCGUAUUUGACAACUAUUCAGCCAAUGUGAUGGUGGAUGGGAAACCCGUCAACCUGGGACUCUGGGAUACUGCAGGUCAGGAAGACUACGAUAGGCUGAGACCUCUCUCCUACCCUCAGACGGAUGUCUUCCUGAUUUGUUUCUCCCUCGUCAGUCCGGCAUCGUUUGAAAACGUCAGAGCAAAGUGGUACCCAGAAGUAAGACACCACUGCCCCAACACCCCCAUCAUAUUAGUGGGUACAAAGCUGGACUUGAGAGAUGACAAGGACACCAUUGAACGGCUGAGGGACAAGAGGUUGUCACCAAUCACCUAUCCUCAGGGUCUGGCUAUGGCACGAGAAAUAGGUUCCGUCAAGUACCUGGAGUGUUCGGCUCUCACCCAACGUGGCUUGAAGACCGUCUUCGAUGAGGCCAUCCGCGCCGUCCUCUGCCCUCCCCCCGUCAAGCGGCCCGGCAAGAAGUGCACCGUGUUCUAAGCCCCACCCCCCACCCGUGCCGGUCGGAGAACUGGACCAAACUCAUACCAUCUCUUUCCAAAGACGUGAAGCCCCACCAAAAAAAGGGGCGGCAUGGGGCAGACGGAGACCCCGCAGAUGUUUUCCGUGGUUUAGUGUUUUGUGAAUGUACGGAGCAUGGGGGUGGGAGGGGGUUUGGGGGUGACGCAGCAAAACGCGCGGGGGGGCGGAGGGCAAACGCUUCCUCUGAACUGAGAAGACCACACCUCCCGGCAAGGGGGCGAUGGGGUCUAGACUCAUGUGUGACCCCCUCCGCAUGAGUUACGUGUUAAUGCUAACAGCGAUAAACCGACACUGUGCGCGCGCACGUGGCACAGCGGAACGAGUCCUUACGAAGAUCUUACACGGACCGCUCCAUCCACCCGAAACUGAACUGCUGCUAUUGAGGGCGGAGCGUGGACGGCCUGUGUCAUGGUGCAUUAUACAAUCGCUGACCUUUAUAUUGCAUGGGGAUCGUGUCUGGUUUUCAUGUCCUGUGUUCUGGUUUCCAACAUUUUUUGUGAACUCUGUAGUUUGAUGUUUUAAUAUUCGGUAUUAACGUGUGAGUGUCUUUAUCGCCUUUGUUGAGUAUUUGGUGCUUUUAAGAUGCUGUGACGGAGGAGGAGGAGAUGUUCCCGUAGGAAAGGCACGCUUUAAUAACCAGAAGUGUAUUUCAAAUAACAUUUUGUUUAAGAAAAAA